UCACGUUUUUAGUAAACAUCAAGUCAACAUCUGCAGCUGCUCCAAAAACCCAGUGCAAACUGCAGUUCAUUGGAGUGUGAAUUGAUAUUCAUCGCACGUGCAGCAUUUAUCGGAAGGGGGCAUUGAAAAUGCCCGACAAGUGCUAGCGGUAAACCCUUCAUUUUAUGCCAGAACUCCAGUGUCUGUAUUGCGUGUAAGUCUGUGUGGCUGAGCUCUAAGGAAAUGUUGCUGCAAAGACCUAUCAGAAACAGGAGAGGAUAAAGACCCGGGAGCUUACGGCACGCCAGCAGCUGGCCUUUGCGGUAGAUAUUUAUGUAGUGAUAUUUCCUGCUUUAUUUUGGUCGUGGUAUCGGAUCGUUUCCUUUGCCGCACACCCUCUUCCGCAGCUGCCAGCUGGGACAACCAUCGGGGAUGAGGGACAUGUCUUGCGCACGCAAAUGAGGAGCUUGUCCAGGAGGCAAUUACCUGAAGUGAAGCUUUGCUGGCCCAAACGAGGAGGGGUAUUUCUUGGGUAACCUCGCGGCGAUUCGUCACCGCCACCCGGGACAGCUUCCGCCGCUACGGCCAGUCGGCUUCGGUACGCAGUGAGCUACUUGGCAUCGCGGCGGAAAAGUCGCUAACCAGAAUAGAUAUGGUAGAAGCAAACUCUUCUUCGGCCCUGUCUCUGUCGGCUACCUGGUGGAACGAGACGUCUUCGAACGGCACUUUGCGCGGUGGCUCUCAUCAGGUCUACGUAACGUCGCUCUACCUCGCCGCCUACUGCGCCGUAUUUCUCCUGAGCAUGGUCGGUAAUGUUGCCGUGGUAAUCAUGGUAUUGAAAAUAUCGAAGAACGGAGGGACUCGAGCUUGUUGUUUCAUUUUCAACCUGGUCAUGUGCGACCUUUUAGUAGGGAUAUUCUGCGUACCUUUCACGCUGAUACAGGACCUUUUGACGGACGGCGGGCUGGCAGAUCUGAUGUGCAAGAUGACGUCAACAGUCCAGGGCAUCGCCGUCUGUUGUUCUGUGUUUACUCUAACAACCGUCGCCAUCCUAAGGUAUAGAUGGAGGGACCAUCAACAACAAAUGGAGAUAUCAGGGACCACAGUUCUCGUCGUGUCAAUCGCUAUGUGGGUCGUGGCCGUUCUUUUCUCCUCACCCGAACUCGUGGUGCGAAGAACUAUUCAACCCGACCCAGAAGUAGGAGGUAAACCAGCAUGUGUCGAUGUUUGGCCGUCAUCGCAGCUGAAAAUGGUCUACAAGGGUUUUCUGUUCGCAUUGUGCUUUCUCGGACCAUUUUUUGUCAUCGGAUACCUAUGGGUGACUGUUGGAAUUAAAACGUGCUGCGCAUCCAGAGAGCCGCAACGAGAUGUUGUCAUCGAACGCAGCCACUCCCCGAGUGCCACUCCAACCAGACGAAAGGGAACCAAGUAUUUCCGUAUGAUGAAAGUCAUCGUCGCCAUCUUCUGUUUUCUAUGGCUGCCACUUUACGUUAGCUGGACCCUGGAAGCGUACGGCGACUAUUCCUGGUUUCUGAAAGAAAAGGUAAAAGGUUAUAUUUAUCCAAUUGCCCUGUGGACUGCCUUUAGCAAUAGCUUGAUCAAUCCGUUCAUAUGCGGGUACUACAUCAAGAACGUGGGUAAAACGUGCAGGAAGAAGCCUCGGAGAAGUCGGCAGGCCCGGAAAAACUGGGAAAGUUCAAUAUCUUCCAACAACUCCAGCUCGGACGGAAAACUCGGGCAUAUUGAGCUGAAUUCCGUAUGCGGCUCGACGGAAAAGCCCGACGAUGUUCGCGACCGGAUCCUGGUGCUACCGACCGACAAAGAUGUCAGCCUAGACCCGGUCAUGCGGUUACCGACCGACUGCAGCACGGAACCGUUAACGCGAACAGAAGUGAAGGAGUGACUCCAAGGCAAUUUUAACAAAUGUAAUAUUCAAUCUAUUAGCUGAUAUACAUAUAAUACAACAGGCGGUUGGAAUGAUAACAAAGAAAAUUAAGCAACCGUACAUCGAAGAAAGACAGCUUGCAUAAUCUUGCGUGUAUACAAUUAACAAGUUAUAUAAUCAGCCUCGAGCCCGUACAAUUGCAAAGGACAAUUUGAGUAGAAGGAUAUGUACAUAAUUGUUAAUAGCGUUAAGCAAUGGGAAUAAAUAAACCAAACUUUAAAUUACUUUGAAUUCACCAUCCUUUGCAACAAAAAUUACUUCAACGACCUCCGUUUAAUUGACAAAUCGUUCUUGUCACAUUCAAUUGCCCGCGAUGCAUUUCUAAACGUCUUUCUGAAUAUAAUUAUAGCUUCCUGACCACCGUAACAUGUAAUUAUCAAACAUUCAUGUACAGGGAUAUAUGCAUACUCCGAGCUCUUGAUCAACUAAGAGAGAGCCUUGCCAAAAAAGCAUUUACUCAGGCAACUGGAUAUGAUUUUGGACACGGUCAGACGAUUCAGAUAACACCCGUUAUCUUUCGUCAGUGACACUGAAGUCUGGGAGAAACUGGUCUUUCAUACCAUAACUAUGAAUGUAAACGAGCUGAAGACAAUUUUGAUGGUCCAAUAGAAAACAAGGCAAGACAAUGUCAAGCUGAAGACAAUUUGGAUUCGAAUAAGAAACAACGGUAAGGCAAAGCUAAGACAAAAUUGGUGAAAAUGAGUCAAUUAGCUCCUGUCGUUUUAGUUACCGGAGCUAAUGUUUGUCGCGUGGGGAGAGGGCGCUAUGUUUCAAGUGCCGAAAAGUUCCAUGGAGAGAAUGUUGAUUAUGUAUCGAUCUUCGUGGCCACAUGUCGAAAGAUAUGGGCACGACAGCCCGUAACUCUUAUCGGUCAAGUUAUCUGAACCAGAUGUGAAGACAUCCUGCCGUCACUAAUCAUGCUUAGUCAUGCACUGUCGUGCGCGCAAGACGUUAAUGCCUCAGCAGCAAAGUCGUACCGACAUAUCGGCGCAUUUUCUCAGCCUUGGAGAACUUGUGUUUGCCCCAUCGAUCGUGCAU